AGACAUUCCGGCACCGGAGAGUGAGGACACGGGGACCCAAGAAGGAAGGAAAGAGAUGCUGACUUUCGUCGGAAUCUGAAGACCAAGGUUCAAGACCACCUGUGCUACUGGCUGCCGUGAUCUCGGGCAGGAGACCUCUCACCUCUCAGCCUCCACACACUUUCCUGUGAAAUGGGGACCGUGACCGUCCCACCGCUGAAUCACCGUGAAUGAGGACACAAAUGGCCCCGUGGUUGUUGUGAGACAGCCUAGUCCUCAACAUCAUCUACAAAGACGUCCAUCGGCAGGCUCUCCCGGGCCUCGUGACUCCCGGAGCCUGAGAGGUUAGCGCACAAGUGCACACACGUCCACGUGAGGCACCCAGGACACAGCCAGCAUGAACUGGGGAUUUCUCCAGGGAAUCCUGAGCGGCGUGAACAAAUACUCCACGGCACUGGGCCGCAUCUGGCUGUCUGUGGUCUUCAUCUUCCGGGUGCUGGUGUACGUGGUGGCGGCGGAGGAGGUGUGGGACGACGAUCAGAAGGAUUUCAUCUGCAACACCAAGCAGCCGGGCUGCCCCAAUGUCUGCUAUGACGAGUUCUUCCCCGUGUCCCACGUGCGCCUCUGGGCCCUGCAGCUCAUCCUGGUCACCUGUCCUUCCCUGCUAGUGGUCAUGCACGUGGCCUAUCGUGAAGAGCGGGAAAGGAAACACCGCCUCAAACAUGGUCCCGACGCCCCACCCCUGUACAGCAACCUGAGCAAGAAGAGGGGUGGCCUGUGGUGGACCUAUUUGCUGAGCCUCAUCUUCAAGGCUGCUGUGGACUCGGGAUUCCUCUAUAUCUUCCAUUGCAUCUACAAGGACUAUGACAUGCCUCGAGUGGUAGCUUGCUCUGUGGCUCCUUGCCCCCACACUGUGGACUGUUACAUCGCCCGGCCCACAGAGAAGAAGGUCUUCACCUACUUCAUGGUCGUCACGGCAGCCAUUUGUAUUCUACUCAACCUCAGUGAGGUCGCCUACCUGGUGGGUAAGAGAUGCAUGGAGGUCUUCUGUCCCCGGCGCCGGAAAGCUUCCAGGAGGCACCAACUGCCAGAUACGUGCCCACCAUAUGUGAUCUCCAAAGGAGGUCACCCUCAAGAUGAGAGCGCGAUCCUAACAAAGGCCGGGAUGGCCACGGUGGAUACAGACAGGAGCUCCACGUAUCGCCAGCAUCGCCUUCACCUCACGUGGGACUUGCCGACUGAUGCCCAUCAUCCCCGGAGAGCUGCCGACCCUCGCAAGGUGGGAGCAGCAGCCACCGCACACCGCAUGUACAGUAAGAGGAAAAUCAAUUCUCACUGAGGUGACCACCACAGAGAAUUGCUGCCCCGCCAGUAUCCCACCGUUCUUCUGCUCCUCCUAUUUAGGCAGAACUCUAGAAUUCAGUCCCGCUGGGCACACCCUUCCCUACACCCGGGGCCGGCUCUGCUGUCGGAGCGACCCCCACAGGCAGGGGAAGGCCUUUGUGGACAUUUCCCCUUCAGCCUGCUUUGAUCUCCUCUGGUUGUUGGCCAUGGCGCCAGCCUUCUCAGUUUCUCCACCCUCAGACUUUCUAGCACAUUCCACGUAUUGACACCCUGUUCCUCAGAAGUAGAAACUCUUCCUACAACUGCCUCCAACCCUACAGACCACCUCCGGCUCCCUCCAUGCCUUCCCUCAGCACAGGUAGAAGCCUGGACCUACACCUGCUAAUCCUCCGAGCUCCCCACAUGUUCCUUUCUCGGGACCCUUUCAGCCCUACCUCUUCCUGCCUGUUUGAGUGUUCUCAGAUCUUUCCUCCUGGUCCUUCCUUGACCCCACGGUCCCUUCAGCUACCUCCCUGCCUUCUCUGGCUUUCCCAACCAUUCUUCCUCCCUCACCUCCCACUCCCUCACCUACUACCUGUGGUCUGUCUCGGGCCCCAUCAUGUCUCUCAACCUCCCUGCCAAAGCCAGUUUCACCUACUCUCUGUCACUCAGCCCAGUGGAAGCUCUGCAGGCCCUGUCUUGCCUGAUGGAGCAUUUAAGGACACAUGGCCUUUCUUCUGGAAAUUCCUGUUCACGCCGUAAGUUCUCUCUUUGUUCUAUCCACCCAGCACUGUUCCUGUCCCUUUAAACUGGGGUUCUAAAGGUCACAGCUAGUCACAACUCCUUGUCUUUAAAUGAGGCCAGGCAGAUUAUCAGUGAUGUUUUCAAUGGUUUCUACGGAAAAUGUGUAAUGGCAAGACACAGGGAGACGGGAGAUGCUGGUUGUAAAGCUACCGUAUGAAAGCCCCACAAAAAAUCUCCUGGGUGAGAAGAGGGAUGCGUGCCAGCUGUCGUAGAGGGGCAGAGGCCAUCAGCGAGCAGGAGAGUGAUCCUAGACACACUCCAGACCUGACUCAGAUGCCACUCUGUCCCCAAGGUACCUUGCCCUUCGUGUGUCUUAACAAGCCAAUAAAUUCUUCUU